AUUCGAUAGGCACCACGGAGUCCGUGUUGUGGUGUGGGCACAAGGAUCUUGCUUGUGGGAACGCAUGGUUGAGAAUAAAUAAAAUUUUAUAGCAAGCAGCGAUGAAUCUACUUCCAAAAACAUCGUCAGAGUUCGCCAGUGAGAAGUACUGGAACGAGUUCUUCCAGAAAAGAGGGAAAGCUGCGUUUGAGUGGUAUGGAGAGUAUUGGCAGCUUUGUGGGACUCUCUACAAAUACCUCAAGAAAAGUGACAAGUUGCUUGUAGUAGGCUGUGGGAACUCCAGCCUGAGUGCGGACCUUUACGACAGUGGCUACACCAGCAAUGUCAGCAUAGACAUCAGCAAAGUCGUGAUACAGCAAAUGAUUGAGAAGUAUGGUGAGACCAGACCGCACAUGCAAUUCCAUCAGAUGGACGCAUCUAAGAUGGAGUAUGCGGAUGAAGAGUUCAGCGUCGUCGUGGACAAGGGAACGGUAGACGCUCUCACCCCAAACAAGGAUGCCGACACCGUUUUCAAACUCUCCGGUGUCUUCGGAGAAAUAUCCAGGGUUCUUCGUGUCGGCGGCAGAUUCAUCUGUAUAUCCCUCCUGCAGAGACAUGUCCUCGAAACUCUCCUGGAAUGGUUUUCGGCGGACACCACAUGGACUUGGGUGGUGAGGAUACAUCGUUGCAUCGAAGCAGAAAAGAUGGACGAUCCCGAAACAACGGGACUGGUGCUUCCCGUCUUCAUAGUGGUCUUUACAAAACUCAAGAGGCUUCCAGGACUUGAAACAGUUAUGGAGCUUGCAUUUGAUCCCGAUUCCAAACCCGUAAGGGUACCUGACCUCGAGACUGUUUACGAAGAAGUCUCAUCGAUUCAGAAGUAUGCAUUUUUGAGGUACCACAUCGCCAAGAGGUAUGUGAUAUUGUUUUGCAUUCAGUUUUUGCCCCUUGUGAGUCUAGCCUCAGUUCUCCAGAUAAGCUGUGGUUGCAGUAAUCACAAGAAAAAGAAGACCGACGGUACACAUAUUUUCCAGACGUGUAAAGGCUGCGACACGUUUGGCCCAAACACAGAUAUGCCCCAUUUUCCCACCUUUCUUGCGCGAUCAAAUGCCAGCCAUUGA